AUGGCAAUUAUUCAAAGUCCGUUCCAACCACUCACUCUCCCAGAGACGUCACUCUUCUCUUUUAUUUUUAGCAGAGAGAAUAGACCGUUCCCCGAGGACCACAAAUUAUUCCAGGAUGCCGCCACCGAGAAAAGCUAUAGUUAUAUUGAAAUUAAACGAAUGGCUAUUGAUUUUGGUAAAUCAUUAAAAGCUCAUUUUCGCUGGCAGAAAGGGGAUGUCGUAGCCAUGUUUGCUGCCAAUAGCAUUGACUGGCCAGCUGUCGUCCUGGGAACUCUGUGGGCUGGCGGAGUGGUGUCACCGGCAAACCCGGGCUAUACAGCUAAAGAAUUGGCGUAUCAGCUGAGAGACAAUGCGGCACGUGUGAUAAUUACCCAGUUCCGGUUAAUAGACACAGUCAGAGAAGCAUUGAACAUUGCCAAAAUAUCGAAUGUAAACAUUCUCAUUAUUGACGACAUUGAGAAAUCAACGUAUCAAAUCCCACACUUUACUACGAUCCGAAACAAGGACCCAUCAAUUGAGUACCAUCAGGCAGAAAUAAAUCCUAAAAACGAUCUCGCCUUUCUGGUCUACUCGUCCGGAACUACUGGCAAGCCGAAGGGAGUAAAACUCUCCCACUACAAUGUAACCUCCAACAUCAGCCAGCUCCAACCAGGAGAUCAAGAGAAUCUCACUUGGAAUGGAUCCAAAACGUGCGGCGAUAUUCCACUUCCCAAUUCAGACGUCUGUUGUGGUGGUGAUACAGUGCUGGCCUGUGUACCUUUCUUCCACAUUUACGGACUGACCAAAACAAUCAUUAAUUCGCUCUUCAUCGGUGCAACGACUAUCAUUCUUUCUAAAUUCGAGAUUGAGAAGUGGUGCAGUCUUGUUCAAGAACACCGGAUUACAUUCUCCUAUAUUGUCCCGCCAAUUGUCCUACUCCUAUGUAAACAUCCAGCAGUCGUCUCGUACGAUCUAUCAAGCAUCCGCAUGGCGAAUUCGGGUGCAGCAACUCUUUCGCAGGAACUAAUAACUGCAUGCCUGAAGCGAACCGGAAUACGAGUGAAGCAGGGCUAUGGUAUGACAGAGACAUGCCCAACAGUCUUCAACCAAAGAUGGGAUAUGUGGAAUACCCCUAUCGGAAGCACAGGACAACUAUUACCAAAUAUGGAAGCAAAGAUUUGCCUGAUUUCAGAUGCUGAUUCGCCAACUUCCGAGUCUGUUCCUCUUCCCCAGGGUGAAAUCGGUGAACUCUAUGUCCGUGGUCCCAACGUCUUCUUGGGUUAUCAUAAUAACCCGGCCGCGACGUCGGCCUCUCUCUCAUCUACUGGUUGGUAUCGUACCGGUGAUGUUGGCUAUAUCGAUCCCCGCGGAAAUUUUUUCAUUACAGAUCGCGUCAAGGAGCUUAUCAAGUACAAAGGAUUCCAAGUUGCGCCCGCCGAACUUGAAGCUCAUCUCCUUGAACAUCCCUUUAUCGUGGACUGCGCCAUUGUGGGUGUCUACUCUCAUGAGCUGGAAACUGAGUUACCUAGGGCAUAUGUAGUUCCGAAGCGUUCCCCAGUUAAAAACAGUGAUAUCGACGAAAGAUCAAUUUUAGAGUGGUUUAAUACCGGUGUUGCGAAUCACAAAAAGUUGCGCGGUGGGGUGUGUUUUGUGGACAGCAUUCCUAGAAGUACGAGCGGAAAGACACUGAGAAAAGUAUUGAAGGAAUGGGUUAAAUCUGAGAGGAAUCUGACUGUUCGUGCUAGGCUAUAG